AUUCUUUGUAACGGCUCCAGAAUUCGUAGGGUAGGCUGGCUUUGUGCGAUGGUUCUAACCUGGAUGCAAUAUCCUCACACUCUCUCUUGUGUUCCCUGAUAGACACUUCACACCUUGCACUAUGAACAGCAAGCUUCCUAUCAUUAUCGCAGGAGGAGGUAUUGUUGGCCUGACGUUGGCGCAGUCCUUGCACAAGGCCAAAGUCCCAUAUCAAGUCUUCGAAAGAGACCCCUCACCGACGCACAAUCUUGAGGGUUGGGGCCUGACGGUACACUGGGCCCUGCCUGCCCUCGAGGCAUGUCUUCCACCGAAGCUCUUCGCUCGAUUACUGGAUAUCCAAGUGGAUCCUGAACAAGGCAUUAACGAUACCGGUCGAUUUCUUUUCCUCGAUCUUAAGACGGGCGAACCGAAAUAUGUCAUCCCACCUUCGAAACGAAUGCGUCUUCACCGCCGGAAGCUGCGCGCUCUGUUGCGAGAGGAUUUGAACAUACAGUGGGACAAGGCACUCCACAACUUUACACAAACGAGCGGGUCCAUUCUGGCUCAUUUCGAGGAUGGCACUACGAUCGAAGGCUGUUUGCUGAUCGGUGCAGAUGGUUCCUCGUCUCGCACACGGCGUCUAUUAUACGCGUUUGAUCCAGAUGCGGGAAGUCUGAACCAGCUUCCAAUGCGGUUUAUGGGGACAACUAUGAGGCUGGAUCCUUUCCAAGCACAGCACCUGCGCGACAUAGAUCCUUUGCUCUUUCAAGGAUCCCACCCAGACACCGGCGUGUUCAUGUGGUGCUCGAUCCUGAGCGUACCCGCAACGAAUGGUAGUGCAGGGACUGGAUACAAUGAAUACUUUGAGGCACAACUGAUGCUAAGUUGGCAUUAUCGAUCAGCGGAAGAUGAGGUCCCAGCUACAAAUCGUCAGCGGGUCCAAAAGAUGAAGGCCAUGGCACAGAAUUUCGAUCCUAAUCUCCGGCGGAUAGUCUGGGAUGUAAUGGACGAUGCGCCAGUGCUCGAGGUGAAGAUAACAGAUUGGCUUCCGCGAGAAUGGGAUGGCAUGGAUAACCAUGUGACUUUAGUUGGCGAUGCUGCGCAUGCUAUGACCAUGUUCCGUGGAGAAGGGUUCAACCACGGGAUAACAGAUGCCGCAAAGUUAGGCAAUCUGAUAGUGGAGGCGUUCAAGAAUGGGUAUGAUCCCGAUCUCUUGGAGCAAGCAGUCGAGGUGUACGAACAGGAGAUGCGAUCUCGGACAUAUGAGGCUGUAUUGCUGUCGCGGCAAGCAUGUCUGGAUGCCCACGAUAUCAACAAUUUGAGUCCUGAUAGUCCGUUGGUCAGCAAAAGGGCGAGAAUUCUUGAGCCUGGGAAGAAGCGUGUGAUAUAAUAGUCUCGUAUGUAUGGCGAGAUGGCUUGGGCCAACUUUAGGGUACCAAAAUCUGAAGGGUUCGCAGGAAUAGCUGCUAGAAGAACAUUAGGGAAGCCGACGUCGAAAUAUAGUUUGACC